AAAAGAAAAAAACAAUUCACACCUAAACCGUAUAAGCCUUCGUUGCCCUAAUUGAAGUUCCAUUCCCGUAGUUGGCGACUGUGAGGGCGUGAGCUGCUGCGUCUUGCGAGUGAAAUUCAGAGACACUUGGCUCUUCCAAUUUCCUUUCUUCAGAAGUCCAUUUCAUUGAAUCGCCAUGGCGAGCACCAAAGUUCAGAGGAUUAUGACCCAACCUAUAAACUUGAUUUUCAGGUUCCUUCAAAGUAAAGCUCGAAUUCAAAUAUGGCUUUUUGAGCAAAAAGACCUGAGGAUUGAAGGCCGAAUCAUUGGCUUUGACGAAUAUAUGAAUUUGGUUUUGGAUGAUGCUGAGGAAGUCAAUGUAAAGAAGAAGAGCAGGAAAACUUUGGGGAGGAUACUGCUUAAAGGGGAUAACAUAACUCUGAUGAUGAACUCGGGCAAGUGAUGACCAUUUUUGCACCAAUAUAAGAGAUAGUGAAGUGUAGCCCCUUUCAAUGGUGAAACUUGGAAGUCUUGCGUUGAUCAUAACGUAGAAUGUUAUUUUUACUGUCAAUUGGUUGGCUGUUUUUGUACUUGCCUUAAAAGAAAUUAAAAUGCCAGCUUAUAUGAGAGAUAGUCAUCGCACUCAAUUCAUCCAGCUCUAAUGUUGCUUAGAUCAUUGUAUUUAUUUUGCAUAUAUCCUCAACUUUAUGAUCCAUGCUAGAUAUUGCCGUUUGCUGAGCUAUAUUGUGGAUUAAUUGGACAUCAAGUAGAAAUUGGUUCUUGUU